GCCUCAGAGUGCACACGACUAUUAUGAGGAUUAUUUGAAAAUAAUAAUUUUUAUUGUUUAAGAUGCCAAGCGAAAGUGACAAGAAGGACGAACUAAGAGAAGAAAUAGAGAGUUUCACUGGUGAACUCAAACAAGGAACAAGCCAAAGCUCCUAUUAUGUUGCCCUGAAGACUGUUUGCUUGUUGAGGAAGAUCAUAGCUCAACGGAAAUGGCAAACUGCAAAGGAUGUGAUGGAGGUUCUGAAGGAAGAUGGCAGGAAGAUAAUGAUGUCACAGCCAUCAGAGACAGCCGUGGGUAAUAUGGUGCGGCGUGUGCUUAAACUUGUAAGAGAGGAAUAUGCCAGUGCAUGUGCAGGCAAGUCCGAGGAGGGAGACCCACAGGAAUCUUUACAUAAACUCUUAUUAGCUGAGGGUGAGAUAGAUGACUACAGUCGAGUGGUACCAACUCUUAAGGUGUCUGUGAUUGAGGCUCUCAAUGAACUUAAGGUGGAGUUAGAAAACAGUGCUGACAAUAUUGCUGGACAAGCAUUAGAACAUAUACACUCUAAUGAAGUAAUAAUGACUGCUGGCAAGUCCAAAACUGUGGAAGCUUUCCUCAAGAAAGCAGCAAAGAAGAGAAAAUUUCAGGUGAUAGUAGCAGAGUGUGCACCAUUUUAUCAGGGUCAGGAACUGGCAGUAAGUCUGGCAAAGGCAGGAAUUGAGACGACAGUAAUAAAUGAUUCAGCAGUGUUUGCCAUUAUGUCCAGAGUAAACAAAGUCAUCAUUGGCACACACACUGUCAUGGCAAAUGGAGGUUUGAAAGCCAUCAAUGGUAGCCAUGCUUUGGCCCUAGCAGCAAAACAUUAUUCUGUACCGUUGAUAGUGUGUGCAGCCAUGUUUAAGUUAUCACCACAGUACCUCUGUUCCUACGAUCAGGAUGCCUUUAACAAAUUUGUGAGUCCCCAUGAUGCCAUGAACUUCUCUGAGGGCGAGAUUUUAUCUAAGGUCCAGAUAGCCAACCCAGUAUUUGACUAUGUACCACCAGAACUAGUUACACUCUUUGUCUCCAAUAUUGGCGGAAAUGCACCAUCUUAUGUGUACAGACUUUUAAGUGAACUUUACCAUCCAGAGGACCAUGAACUUUGAUCUUGUGUUGUGCAAAAAUAAAAAAGUGACAUUAUCGUAUCAUUCUACAGCAGAAAUCAUGAAUCCUUGUGGCAUGUUCUGUGAACACAAUUUAAAAUUUGAGUAUG